UUAUUAACAUCAUGGAUGUUGUGUGUUUUUGACAGAACAAGACCAAGCCAUGGAUAAUACCAGUUUGGGAUGGCCAGAGGAUCUGGAUGAUGAUGCCAACCUUUCUUCUCUCCAAGGUGACCUGGAGGACUUCUGCGCUACGUCGUCAAGGCACCAGGCAUCCCGGGUGAUCCUGUAUGCCUUCUUUACAGCGGGCAUUGUGUGCACGGUGGUGGGUAACUUCCUGGUUGUCCUGGCCAUCGCGUACUACAAGCAGCUGCAGUCGCCCACCAAUUCGUUCGUCAUGUCCUUGGCGGUGGCCGACUGCCUGGUGGGGUUGGUGGUCAUGCCCUACAGCAUGGUGCGCACCGUGGAGGGCUGCUGGCUCUUCGGCGCCCUCUUCUGCCGGGUCCACUCCAGCCUGGACGUCAUGCUGUGCACCGCAUCCAUCUUCCACCUCAGCUGCAUCGCCUUCGACCGCUACUACGCCGUGUGUAACCCCUUGGUCUACCACCUGAAAAUGUCCCAGGGCCGAGUAGCCUUCCUGAUCGUGGUCUGUUGGGCCGUCCCGUUGCUCAUCUCCUUCGGCCCCAUCAUGCUGGGCCUCCACAAGGCUGGGGUGGACAUGGUGCCCAUGCCGCCCGAGGACGCCUGCGUCUUCCUGGUCAACCGCGUCUACGCCGUCAUGGCCUCCCUGGUGGCCUUCUACCUGCCCAUGGGCAUCAUGCUAGCGGCCUACUGGAAGAUCUACAAGGCGGCCAAGCGGCAGGCCAUGCAGAUCAGCGCCAUGGAGAGCCAGUUUUCGGCCGGGGUGGGCAAGGACUCCAGCAAGAAGCAGAGGCACCGCAACGCCAUGAGGAGGGAGAGGAAGGCGGCUAAGACCCUGGGGAUCAUCAUGGGGCUCUUUCUCCUCUUCUGGCUUCCCUUCUUCACUGUCAACAUCGUGGAUCCUUUCAUCGACUACAGCACAGCGGUGGAGGUGUGGGAGUUUUUCUUGUGGCUGGGGUACGUUAACUCUUCACUUAACCCAUUCUUGUAUGGGUUCUUCAAUAGAUCCUUCCGUAGAGCGUUUAUGAUGAUUAUGGGAUGUCGGAUAUGUCUGUCGAGCUCCUCACCGGGUCUGGACUUAUCAAAAGAGAGCAACGAACGCAAGGUCAACCAAUAGGAGACAAG